GAUCUCUCAGUUACAGCAGAGACCGGGACAGACACACUUUCACAGUCUUUCCACAUAGUUAACCUUUCUACGCUUAGCACAAAAACAUUAUUGUAACAACUCUUUCUGGAAUACUAUUUUUAUAUUCCUUUAACAGGAAUAUUUUUCUUUUUGUUUGGUUUUCUCAGCCUUUUGUGCCUGAACGGCCACCAAGGAAACGGGAACAGAGGAGGAGAAGACAGACAGACGAAUAGAAAGCUAUAGAUCAGCCUGAGAGAGACGGAUGUGUACAGAAGAUGAGUCCGGCUUUAGAAGCGCUGAUGGAGGGGUGUAGAUACCCGGGGAAAGGAGAAAUGAAGGGAGGAGUGAUGUUGGAACCAUUUGUCCAUCAAGUCGGCGGCCACUCUUGUGUACUGCGGUUUGGGGAACAGGCCAUCUGUAAACCACUUAUACCCAGAGAACACCAGUUUUAUAAGAGCCUGCCACCUGAGAUCCGCAAAUUCACGCCACAGUACAAAGGUGUGGUGUCGGUGAGUUUUGAGGAAGAUGAGGUGGGGAAUCUGUGUUUGAUAGCAUACCCACUCCACAGUGAUCCACCUGAUUUGGAAAACAAGGAGCCCUCUGUUGAUGGGGAGCCCAAGACUAAGCUUCUUAAAUGGGGGAAAAAGAAACCAUCAGGCCUCCUACCAGAAAAUGAGAGAGCCAGACAGAGCCGCAAAGAGGAGAAGGGCAAAAGUAAUCGGGAUGAUAAGGCAGAGGUUUUGUACUACAGUCUGGAGAAGGGAAAUGUGGUUUCUCAGAUCAAACACAACCCUUGGAGUCUGCAGUGUCACCAGCAGCACCUACAGAGGAUGAAGGAGAACUCCAAACACAGAAACCAGCACAAAUUUAUUCUGCUGGAAAAUCUAACAUGGCGGUACGGGGUUCCAUGUGUUCUUGAUCUGAAGAUGGGAACGCGUCAGCAUGGGGACGAUGCCUCUGAGGAGAAGAAAGCAAAUCAGAUUCGCAAAUGCCAGCAAAGCACUUCCUCUUCUAUUGGAGUACGCCUCUGUGGCAUGCAGGUGUAUCACAGCACUACAGGGCAGCUGAUAUUCAUGAACAAGUAUCAUGGGCGUAAGUUGAGUCUGGCCGGGUUCAAAGAGGCUCUGUGGCAGUUCUUCAGUGAUGGCCGAGUUCUGCGCAGAGAACUUCUGACCCCAGUGCUGCAAAGACUGAGAGAGAUGAGAGCGGUGCUGGAGGCUUGUGAGAGCUAUCGUUUCUUCUCCUCGUCUCUUCUCGUCAUCUACGACGGGGCUCCACCCCCUGCCCCAUCUAGAUCCCGGCCCUCUCGUGGAGGAGAAGAGGAAGACGAGGAGGAUGAUGAUGAAGAUGAGAACGACGAUGAGGAGGGAGCCUACGGAGGACGUCACGGUCACUCUAGCAGCAUUUCCCCAAUGGUGGAUGUCCGAAUGAUUGAUUUCGCUCACACGACAUGUCGUGAUUAUGGAGAGGAUGCCAUCGUCCAUGAAGGUGGAGACAGCGGCUACAUCUUCGGCCUGCAGAAUCUCAUCAGCAUUCUGUCAGAGCUUGAAGAGCACACCAACGACUAAACAUUUGCCAUGCCAAGGCUUACCGUGGGCAUCUUGACCAUGCCAUCAGGGUUUAAAGUACACGCUUAGCUCACACUGCUAUGCUUUUUCAUAGCCCUAGCAGGGAGCAGUUACGUAGGUGAAGUCCUAAGGAAAAUCCAGAAACCCACCGGAGCUGAGGGGAUGAACUCUUUUGUAAUUUCUCACUGAGGUGAAGAACUGUGGUCCCUCUCCGUGUCUGUUAUUUCUGCAGGGGGCGGCAGUGGAUGAGUUACUGUGACAUCACAUCUGCUCUUGUAUCUUCAUUUGUUCUCUUCAUCUGUGAAAGAUAAGGGGAAAAUAAGUUGAUGCUUGCAUUAAAAGAGACAUUUACAAAAUGAACCUUUUGAUGAGGUGGAUUUGUAGCAACGGUAGCACAAUCAUAAAUUGAUAUGACAAGCAACUAAGCAACAAACAUGAAGGUGCUUUAGAAACACUAAGCAGGACCCUGCAGGUCUCACGGGAAGAGACUUUUUAGGGAAUGAUGAGUGUGUGGAAAAGGGAAUUUUCAUAGUCCUUUCCACAUUCCUUAUAUUAAAGACUUUUCCCUCUUGGACAUUUUAAUCUAUUUCGUUAUCUUGGAUACUCUUCAUUCCAUAGCCACGUGUUGAAGAUUAGCAUCCUAACUCCAGAGACUUUAAAGAGAACCCUAUUUAUUUAUAAGAAUAUUUCUAUCAAAUGUGAAUGGAAAUGUGACAUUCCAUCCCUAGUUCUACCGUAUGAUGUAAGUGAUAUAGGUAGAGAAAUGAUUUUUAUGUCAUGGUUUUCUCUGUUUUUGACAAAAUGAAACAAAAUAAAAUAAAAUAAAAAUUG